AUGCCUGAUUAUACUUUAGCUUUUGUGGUUGAAACAGAUGCUAGUGGUAAGGGUAUUGGAGCUGUAUUGAUGCAAGAAGGGCAUCCACUUGAUUACAUUAGCAAAUCUUUAGCACCUAAACCUCGGGCUAUGAGUGUUUAUGAUAGAGAGCUAUUGGCUUUGCUAUUUGUGAGGCACAAAUAUAAUGUGGCUGUAAAUCCAGGACUGCUGCAACCCUUACUUGUACCUGAUGGUGUUUGGACAGAUAUCUGUUUAGAUUUUGUUGAGGUGUUGCCUAAAUUCAAAGAAAAUAAAGUGAUUUUAGUGUUAGUAGAUAGACUGGGCAAGUAUGGUCAUUUUUUGCCCUUAGCAUACCCAUACACAGCUCAGUCGGUUGCUCAAUGUUUCCCUGCCAAUAUCUUCAAGCUGCAUGGUAUGCCCAACAUACUAACAAGUGAUAGAGAUCCUAUCUUUCUUAGUAGUUUUUGGGAAGAAUUAUUCAAUUUACAAGGGGUUCAACUACAGAGAUCUACUGCAUACCAUUCUCAAACUGAUAGUCAAACAGAGGUGCUGAAUAGAACCAUGGAGACGUACUUAAGGUGUUUUUGCUUUGACAAUCCUAAGGAUUGGUGCUCUUACUUGCCAUUGGCUGAAUGGUGGUAUAAUACCACCUAUCACAUUGCCAUUAAGUGCACACCUUAUGAAGCUUUAUAUGGUCAGAAACCUCUCAUUCAUCUUUCCUACUUGAUUGGAGAAGGCUCUAUGAGAUGGUUGACAGAUCCUUGGCUGCUCGAGAAACAAGUGUCCUUGGCUGUGCGACUCUUUCCUAAGCUAGCUACCAAGUACUAUAGCCCCUAUGUUGUUGAUGCUAAGGUUGGUGCAGUAGCUUACAGGUUGUUGCUUCCUUCUGAUGUUCUCAUUCACCUAGUCUUUCAUGUUUCUCAAUUAAAGAGGUGUCAUGAAGUUCCUUCCAACAUUCACCAUCCUCAAGUUAUUCAGCUGUCAAGUCCACACCGUCCUCAACCUGAAGCUAUUCUAGAUAGAAGGUUGAUUAAGAGAGGUAAUAGAGCUGUUGGUCAAGUUCUAGUGAAGUGGUCAGACAUUGCAGAUUCACAAGCUACUUGGGAACUUGAGUUUGAAUUGAUGCAUAAGUUCCCUGCAUUUCAUCCUUGA